UAUUAAAGCUUAAUGAAUUAAACUAAUUUGAUUAAUGUGAUCAUUAGCCUCGGGAUCAUGUUUCUACAUCGAGACCAAAUGCAUGAUGCAUCUUGAAACUUUGCAGCCAAGGUUCAGAGUUUAACAACACUAUGGAGGAUUUGUCUGCGUCCAAUCAGGAGGCAAUAAACAAAGACUCUCUGAUGGAUGAUGCCAAGAGAAGCGCCAGCCGGCAAAGACUCAGAAUGACUUUAACCCACAGCGUUAAGGAUGCAACGGCCGCGUUUGUUCUUAGAACAAAAGUCCACGGGCUAAAGCAUGCAUUCUCACCACACAAAUCUAAAAGCCAACACUUGUUUUGGCUCUUGGCUAUUUUUGUCUGCUUGGGGCUCCUCUUCACAUGGUCGAGGAAUCGAAUCCUGUAUCUUCUUUCCUACCCGGCCGUGACCAAGAUCUACAUGGUUUGGUCUCACAACAUGACGUUUCCAGCCAUUACUUUCUGCAACCAGAACCUCCUCCGCGUAUCCAGCCUCACCAAAGCUGACCUCUACCACAGCGGCUACUGGAUGGACAUCAUGCACCUGAACCACACGGUCAACCGUCAGAGCGUUUCCAUGCUCAAACUCAGUCGACACCGCGAGAGGAUGCUACACCUUCUGGACUUCUCCAACUACAGCCCGCCUCCUGACCACCAGCACAACACCACAGAGAUGAUUGACAGGCUGGGCCACCAAUUAGAAGACAUGCUGCUGGACUGCAGAUUCCGGGGAGAAAACUGCACUCACAAGAACUUCACCCCUAUUUACACAAGAUAUGGGAAAUGUUACACGUUCAACUCUGGUCUGGAUGGAAACCCCUUGUUGACAACUUUAAAAGGCGGAACAGGAAAUGGGCUGGAAAUCAUGCUGGACAUUCAACAGGAUGAGUACUUACCGGUUUGGGGUGACACAGAUGAAACCUCGUACGAGGCGGGCAUCAAAGUUCAGAUCCACAGCCAGGAUGAGCCGCCCUUCAUAGAUCAGCUGGGAUUUGGUGUGGCCCCUGGUUUUCAAACUUUUGUGUCUUGUCAGCAACAACUGCUCCAGUAUCUUCCUCCACCGUGGGGCGACUGCAGAUCUGAACCGAUGGACUCUGAAUACUUCUCCACUUACAGCAUCACGGCCUGUCGCAUCGACUGUGAGACCCGCUACCUGCUAGAAAACUGCAACUGCAGAAUGGUGCAUAUGCCAGGCACUUCCACCGUCUGCACACCUGAACAGUACAAAGACUGUGCUGAUCCAGCUUUAGAUUUUCUAGUGGAGAAGGACAACGAUUACUGCGUUUGCGAAACGCCGUGCAACAUGACUCGAUACGGUAAAGAGCUGUCCAUGGUGAAAAUACCCAGCAAGGCUUCGGCCAAAUAUCUCGCCAAGAAGUUCAACAAAACUGAACAGUAUAUUGGGGACAACAUAUUGGUGUUGGAUAUCUUUUUUGAAGCUCUGAACUAUGAGAAAAUUGAACAAAAGAAAGCAUAUGAAGUGGCUGGAUUACUUGGUGACAUUGGUGGUCAGAUGGGUCUGUUUAUUGGAGCCAGUGUCUUGACAAUAUUGGAGAUAUUCGAUUAUUUGUAUGAGGUUUUUAAGGACAAAGUGCUGGGACCUUUCCUACGUAAGAGACGGCCACAACGUAGCACUAGUGACAAUCUGGAUUUCCCCGAGAAUCCCACCAGCCCUGGUGUCACGCCUAACCAUGUCCCCAGCUUUCAAGAUGGAGAUGAUGUUUUGCAGAAGUCCAGAGCACAUGUGACACACUCCGGAGUCACUCGGACAGUCUCGGAUUCGCGCCGAACGUGCUACCUAGUCACCCGGCUAUAGGCAACUUCGAGGAAUUCGCUUGUUGAUGACAACAGGCGACGGGACCACAAAGGGACGGUUUGGGAUAUGACGGAAAACUGUGAAAUAUAUAUCAAAUAGACUCCAAAAGAAGUGUAAGUCCACGAAAAUGUACAUGUUAAAUAGUUAAAAAACGAAACAAAAAACACCUGAUUAGAAUCAGUAUAUCAUCAUCAAGUACAAAUAGGCAACACUUCCGAAACCAAACUCAGGUUUUAUUAACAUCACAGCCACUGUUUUUUGUUUUGUUUUGUUUUUGACAUUGUGGAAAAUCCUGGUAGAUUUCAUGCUAUUUCUUUUCAGGUGAUUUCAAAUGAACAAAUACUGUGACGGUAUUUCAUAGAGAUUAUUUCAGUAUUUCCAAGAGAGUAUUAUUUUUUUUUUUCUCUGUGCUUUUCUGAAUCCUGUACAAACACUGUGGGCCUAAUUAGAUCAAGCCGCCUUAAACAAAUCUGAAAAAUAAUAUUUGCACAAAAAUUGUUAUAGAUACAGUCGGUUUGGCCGAGGUUUAAAUCUAUUUUGGCAUUUCUUUUGUACAAAAACCAUGUGAGCUUUAACCACGUUUUGACUGAACUCAGCCCUGCGAUAGUACUCGAAAAUAUGUAAUCAUUUAAAAUGUUUGUCUCUGUUCAUAUUUUGUUUAUAUAAGUGCAAUAAUAUGCAUAAUGUGUUAAUGUUACCGUAUAUUACCUUCAAGUCUUAAUUAUUAGCUGUCAGGUAAACAGAAGCCACCUGAGUUACCAGCAAUUUGCUUUUCAUGUCGUUUUAUUCCAACGCGCUGAUGUUACUCUUAUUUAUUUUGAUUUCCAUCCACUAGGCUGUGAUGAGAUGGGAUGUUAUUGAAUGAUGCAUUAUAUGUGUAAUAUUCAUAAGUUUCACUUAUCCAAUCCCACAUGUGAAUCCAUUCAUCAGAUUGUCUCCUCCGAGAGUUAUUUCAUUAGUGGCAAAGACUGUAUGCGAUGUGUUGAUGUUAAAGUCAAAUCAUCAGUCGCUGAAAAGCUCUUGACUUGACGAGUUUCAUGCUUGCAUUAAUUAUAAUGAACAUUAAAAAUAGACCACAGUUCCACAUCCACUAGGAAAUAUUCAAUUAUUUUAGAUGAUACAGUUGAAAAACUAGACACAUUACUCGAAAACUGUUUGAUUUUGAUUAUUUUAUGUUUUGGGGGUCUACCUUGAAGUUACAGGUGUAUUCCUUCUUCUAGCAUGAACUGCUCAUAUAUACAUGUUUAUAUAUAUAUAGCCCAAAAAGUAUCUGGACACUUAAAAGUAAAAGUUAACCUAAAAUGAGUUUUUUCCUUCAUCAGAACAGAUUUGAAGAAAUGAAGCAUUCAAUCACUUGCUCACCAAUGGAUCCUCUGCAGUGAAUGGGUGCCGUCAGAAUGAGAGACCAAACAGCUGAUAAAAACAUUGCUUCAAACAGUUGCUUCCAGCCAAAAUAUGAGUUUAAUAUUGCUUUCUCCAGUGAAAAAGUUGCCUGUCUGAUUUAGGAGAGAAAUAUGCAUAGAUCAAGCACCGUAACAAGUGAAAACAGUCCAAAAACAUGUUGGUGAGACAACAGGAGAUGGACUUGAACUUGACAACUUGACAACUGGAGCAAUGAUCUUGAUUAUGAAUUAUGAUUAUGAACUCGUAUUUUGGUUUCAAGUUAGAACAUCAUUAUGAUGUAUGUGUUUUUUACAAACAUGCAGCAUUUCAUUUCACAGGAUGUUAAUUGAUGGACUGUAGAUUAUGGUGAUGUUUUUAUCAGCUGUUGAACUCUCAUUCUGGCGGCACCCAUUCACUACAGAGGAUCUAUUGGCGAUCAAGUGAUGUAAUGCUAAAUUUCUCAAAAUCUGAUCUAAAACAAAACAAAACAAAAAAUCUCAUCUGUAUCUUGAAUGGCAAAUUUUAAUUUCUGGGUGAACUGUUCAUUUAAAAAAAAUGUCUGAAAGUCUUUGCUUUAGAUAAAAAUGAUCAAACCAAGCGGCAUUCAUUUGAAAGAAACAUAGCACAAGCACACUUUCAAAGCAAAACAUUUCACAAACUGAGGUUGUUAGGUGUCAAAUGGUAACAGAUAUAUUGCACAACAUGAAGACAAUGGAUCAUCAUUCGUGUGAUGAACUACAAAAAUCCUCAGUAUUAUAAAUAGCUUGGAAAAAUCUAUUUAGUUAUAAUGCAGUGGUAUUUUUGAGUGUCCAGGUACGUUUUGGGGCACGUCAGCUUCACUACAGUACAUUGCAAUAUGGUAAAAGGCAAGAUAUCAUCUUCAUUUAUGUUUUCUGCACUCAGCUAAUGUAUUAUUGUAUUGUUUUAUAUAAACUACAAUGGGAUUUCUAGUACAGAUAUCACAAUUUUAAAACAGAGAGUUGUGACAUGUAAAUGAUCCAGUAUAAUAAACAAUAUAUUUAACCAUCUCUUAACAUGUUGUCUGUCUGUUGAUUCUGUAUGUAAUCCAGUGCUGCUUUUGUCCAAUUAUAUGUAGAUGUUUUGUUGUCCUAGUCAUGUGCCUAUAAAAUAUAUAUAUAUAAAACAUAUAUAUUACAUACAUAUUAAAAUUUUACAUGCAACAUAGAUAAAGUCAUAGAAAUUAAUAGCUACACAAAGUAUUGUGAUCCUAAAAUUCAAGUGUCCUUGCAAUCUCUGUCAUGCUCGAAUAGUCGAUUGUUUCCUACAGCGGCGACUAGUGGUUGAAGUAGUCGAUCACUCCACUAGUCUAUGGAAGCCUUUAUAUAUACACACACACAUACAUAUAUAUAUUUGAGCUUUGCUCCAAUUACCAAAAUGUUUUAAUGAAUAAAUCUUGUAAUUUUUGUAUUUUUAUUUUAAUGAAUAAAUCU